AUGAAAUCUACAACGGCAAGAACCCUCUUGCCCACUAUCUUCUAUAUCCUCACCCUCCUCAGAUCCUCUUCGGGAUACGUCGUCCCAGCUUUCAGCUCCGGGAUCAGCAGCACCAUCGUUCCCGAUCAAGUCCUUGCACAAGCUCAGCAGGACAGAGUCUAUACCGCUACCACAACUCUCACAAUAUCAAAUGCUAAGGGCGAAGACUCAACCCAAGAGUUCUUGUAUAAUUGCCCACGGGCAAAUACGGCCGCUACUACAUAUGCACUUACGGCAACAAUAAGCAACGGGAUCCCGCGUGAAACUGUUGUUGAGGUAUCAUGUCCUCCUACAGCAGAAGGAAAGAAAUCUGGAUUAUCACAAGGUGCUAUUGUGGGCAUCGCAGUUGGGGUCUCGAUCCCAGCCUUGGCUUGUGUAUUCUUUGUAUUUUGGAGACUGUGGAAGAGGGCUCAAGAGGACGCAGUAAUGAAGGAUAAAGCCUUCCAUCAAUCACGAGGGACUCCAACCCUGCACUCGAGGAAGAAUAAAUCGAUAUCGACAGUUAACGGAGAAAUUGACAAUUUGACAAUACCCGGGAACGCAAAAACGAGAGGCGGAGUUGUGACACAUAUUACGGCUGGGAACUAA